GGCGGGGCCGGCGCAGGAGGAGCUGGCGGAGGGGAUGGCGGCGCCGGCGCAGGAGGAGCUGGAGGCGCUGGCGGCGAUCUUCUGCGGCCCCGGCGAGUGGGAGGUGCUCAGCCGCUCAGGGACCCAGGGCGCCGUGUGCAGAGUCCUCACCAAAGCCGAAGGCCCGUCGGGGGCGGACACCCCCCUGGAGCUGGUGUUCCACUUACCGGCCGGCUACCCCGCGUGCCUGCCGGGCGUCUCCAUCAGCUCCGAGCGCCUGACCAGGGCCCAGUGCGCGGCCGUGAGGGACAAGCUGCUGGAGCAGGCACAGGGCUUCCUGCCGGAACCGAUGGUCCACCAGCUGGUCGUCUGGGUCCAGCAGAACCUCCGGCACCUCCUCGCCGCACCGGGGUCGGGAGCUGGCCCUGGCACGUGCCCUGCGGCGAGCGCCACGGAGGCCGAGGGGCCGUGGAUGACCCUCCUGCACUUGGACCACAUGAGAGCGAAGACCAGAUACGUGCGGACGGUGCGGCAGUGGGCGUCCGCCCUGGGGCUGACGGGGAGGCUCCUGUUCAUGGGUAGCAUCAUCCUGCUCCUACUGCAAGGGCACAGGGACCGCGUCAAGAAAAUUUGGGACCCAGAGCUCAGGACGCCUGCGGAUAACUUCCUGCUUGUCCCUCAGGAGUACCUGGUGCUUCAGAAAACCUCCAAGGUCGACGUGGACUCGAGUGGGAAGAAGUGCCGCGAGAGGAUGGCCAGCGUGCUGUGGGAGGCCAGGGCGCCGCCGGGACACGCCAGGUUCCUGGCAUUUGAAGUCAAAGAGUUUUCAUCGCUGGACGAGCUGCGGAAGGAGUUUGAAACUGCGGGACUGGAGGCGCUGUUCCCCGAGUUCGUCCUCGGGCUGGUGAAGUGAAAUGGGAGACGGGUUUUUUUUGUUGUUAAACAGCUGAGUUUGUUCAUUUCUGUUGUUGGAUUUGCAUUGGAUUUUGGGGGUGGACAACUGGAAGAACUCAUAAAGGAAUGAUUUUAAAGUGUCUGUGAGGCAAGAUGGGAGGUACCAUCCUGUCUUCAGGAACAAAAGCCGAUUCUGUUUGUGGAAUAAUACACAGUAAACACACCCAUGCUGUUCUUUUUUU